UUUGGGGGUUUAGGAAUUGAGUUAACCAUCAUUUUUUAAUUUAUUUCUAAUUAAUUGAACCUUUUUAGAGGCAGCUUAUAUUGUGUGUUUGGUGUUACAAUAGUGAUGGAAACUUUAAGUACAGAAAAGGGUAAAGACACUUUUGGGGAAAAAGGAGGAGCUUUGGAUUCAGUGAAAACAGAGGACCAACAUGAAAUAAUAGAAAUUUCAGAUUCAUCAGAUAAGUGCACUCUAGAUCAACCUCCCACAGAGAACACACAAGCAACGGAAGAUAGUUAUCCCUAUCCUUGUGGUAAGAACUUAAAAGUGCACAAAACAUUGAACUUUCAUAAUCACAUAAACUUAACAAAGAUAUGGAAUGAAAACAAGGUUACUUCUAAUAACUACCGGUAUUGCUUCCAGCCAGAAGGGAACCAGAUUCCCAAAGUGAUUAACAUAGGAUAUCUCGAAUGGAUUCUUAGAAUUAGAGAUGAGCCAAGCAUCCUAGUUCCCUUCACGAAUCGAGUGAUCACCACAAAACCUCCAAAAAUGGGGAAGACUUCAAAAGAAGAAGACCAAGCAAUGUGGCCUCCCAAUGAAGGAGGUCCUAAAGGAAUCCUUAAGAGAAGAGAAUUGCUAAUCGAUAACGAAAUGAUUGUGGCCAAAGUCAGAGAUGAUAUCAAGAAACAGAUUCAACAUGAGCAGCAGCUCAGAGAAAGGAUAGAAGAUAUCAGGAAUGAAGAAAUAGCACAGAAAUUAGAGAUGUCACCGAAUACAAAGAAGAAAGUCACGUUCUCAACCUCUGCCAAAGGAGGAAACUCUGAAGGCGAUUUAUGCUCUGAGAAUUUGAGUGACAACUGUGCUAUUAUUUCAGAUACCGAUGAUACUUCAAGUGAGAUUGGUAUUAAUACUACAGAAGAUGAGAGCAGUAAAGAUCAAGAAAUGGCAUCUGAAGAUACAUCAAAAGAAAUGGCAUCUGAAGAUACAUCAAAAGAAUCAGAAUAUGAAAGUGAUGGUCAAGAAGAAAUUGAUUGAGAUUUAGAAAUAGAUGAAAGAUAUAAACCAGACUGGAUAGAUAAAGCAGAUAAAAUAGCUGAAAACAGGAUGAGAUAUAAUGCUCAUAAUGCGAGAGAGAUAAAAAUAAACUCAAACUCAUUUAUUUGGAACAGAAAAAUACUCAAAAGCAAUAUAAAGGGCAGAUUUGUAGCACAAAAAUCAUUCCAACAAAUCUAAACUAUGAAAAAGUGUUGCUCUUG